CAACUCGAGCAUUGAGUCUGGUUUGAGUUCUUGCCGCGAGCGGUCGAUACCUCGACGAUACCUCAAGUGAUACUUACUCGCAGUCAAUCAGCGCAGCAAAAGCAGCGCAACGAUCAAAAGGCCUUAGAAGCAGGCAGCGACAUGGGAAGGACACUGGAAAUAACGGGAAAACAGCAGGAGAAGAAUCCGGAGAAGGGAGCGGAAAAGGGUGCUGAUCCUGAGAAUGGUGACGCUGUGCGCAGGCGUGGCCACGAAACCAGCGAACUGGAGGCAGCCACACAUCUCUUUAAGGGAAGUGUUGGCGCCGGACUUUUCGCCAUGGGAGAUUGCUUCAAGAACGGAGGAUUGGCAGGAGCCACCAUCCUCCUGCCCAUCAUUGCGGUGAUGUGCGUCCACUGUGAACGCAUGCUGAUCCGUGGUUCGGUUUUGGCCGUGGAACGGACACCGGGCGUCGAUUUCCUUGACUAUCCGGAAACGGUGGAGAAGAGCUUCGAGCACGGACCACGCCCGCUUCGGAAAAUGUCACGUUUUAUGAAGCUUGUCGUCGAAAUGUUUCUCUGCGUUACGCAGUUUGGAUUCUGUGCCAUAUACUUUGUGUUCAUCACGGAGAAUCUUUACCAGGUCUUUCAGCAGAAUGGCAUCGAUAUCAGCAUGAGCAUGGUGAUGCUGAUCACCCUACUGCCGGCGAUGAUUCCCUCGCUGAUGACCAAUCUCAAGUACAUCUCACCCGUAUCGCUGUUCGCCAAUGUGGCUCUACUUUUCGGAUUGGUUGCCACCCUGACCAUUGCCUUUUCGGAUGGACCGAUGCCCUCGGUUGGUGACAGGCAUCUAUUUACGGGCGGUGCCCAGUUGGCCCUGUUCUUUGGCACGGCCUUGUUUUCGUACGAGGGCAUUGCCUUAAUCCUGCCACUGAGAAAUUCGAUGCGAAAACCAGAAAACUUUAGCACCCGGUUUGGGGUACUCAACUCCACGAUGUUCUUAACCACGGCCCUGUUUAUCUUUACGGGAUUCGUGAGCUAUGUUCGUUGGGGCGAGGAAGUCGCUGGCAGCAUAACCCUAAAUCUAGUGGUGGAGGAAAUAUUUUCACAGGUGGUUAAAGUAGUUGCUGCCCUGGGCGUUUUCCUUGGAUAUCCCAUCCAGUUCUUUGUGAUGAUCAAGAUCCUGUGGCCUCCACUGAAGCGGUCUAAUAACUGUGCCCAAAAGUAUCCCAUUACGAUCCAGGUGUGCCUGCGUUUCAUCAUGGUGAUGAUGACAUUUGGCGUAGCGCUGGUCGUUCCCAAGCUAAAUCUGUUCAUCUCGCUGAUCGGGGCAUUGUGCUCCACCUGUCUGGCCUUCGUGAUCCCCGUGAUGAUUGAUUUUGUGACGCGAGCGCAGGUUCCCAAGGGAUUGGGGGUUUGGUCUUACAUCAAGAACAUCCUCAUCCUGACGGUGGCCGUCCUGGGAAUCGUCACAGGCACCUACCAGAGUAUCGUAGAGAUCGUCAAGGAGUUUAAGUAGGCUCUAAGCGCUAGCAAGUAUGUUUUUUGUACAUAAAUAAUGCUGUCAUUCCUGUAAAGAACUCUACGUAAAUGCUUUGCCCUGCUCUAUUGUAAGCCUAAUUCCUAUACUAUGUACUUUUUUUCUUCAGUUUUUUUUGUUAAUAGUCUUAAGCUGUGCAUUUGUUUAUAUGUUUAAAAAUGUUUAAUUGGCAUUCUAAACAAAAAAGAAGGCAUAAAAGAAUAUGAUCUGCAGCAAAUUCAAAUUUUAAUAUAUGAUAUGGCUUUGGUUGCGUCAAAGCCUUGGUUUGAAA